AUGGAAAAGGUGAAAAUGAAACACAAGAAGGCCUCAACUAAAACGGAAAUGAUGUCAAAAAAGUCGAUGAGCGGGAAGAAAAAAAAACUUAUAAACAUUGAUAAGAAUACGGAUAAAAACAUGAAAACACAUUUAAAACUUUGGGCUCCGCGUAUUCAUCAGCUGACAUGGAAGAUGAUCGAGAAAGAAGAGACAUAAAUGACGGAAAUGCAGGCCAUGAAAUAGACUCAGAUGACUGGGUUACUACUCCAGAUGUGAACAAUAUCGAACACAUUCAACUUGAUUUCAGUCGGUUGCCUGAUCAAAAACGGAAAACUAAAAAUUUGGAACUUCCCGAUUUCCCGAUGUUAUCUCAUGAAUCUAAUUUAGGAGACAUGCUACAAGACGCUGAUCUAAACGAAUACAACGCUGAUUGUCCUACAGUCUGUCCUUCUCGAGAUGUUUUGGUUUGUGCGCGAUGUCAACACGGCAUUUUCAAGACAUUCAUAAGCGUCUGUCAUAUGCGCAUGUUCGCUUGUCAUCAUAAGGAUGAAAUUUUACAACUGGUAUCGCGCUCUCCUUGUAUACUGUCAGCUCCUUACUUAUCUGAAGACGGAAUGGAACCUCAAGGCAGAGUUGUCGAAGCAGAUGACGACGACAUUAUCCUGAGAUACAUUAUCUGCAGAGAUCAUGAGAGGACGGAUCCAGAUGGGCAACCAGGGGACCCGAGAUGCUCAUUCCCAUUAGUUAUCAAAACUAAUAAAUAUUUUUACGAUUUUAGAAAUGUUCCACAUCCCUUAGAUCUCCAUUUGAUAACCCCCACAAAAGUUUCAAAAGUUUCAAAAGUUUCAAAUGAAGCUGUGAAGAGCCAAGAUGAUUAA